CUCAUCACUAAUCGCCAUCGCACAACCUUACAAGACUUUGUCAGAUUAAAAAGACGAAGAAAAACACCAAUAUACAGCGAGCAUUCACACUUUAUUCUCAUUGUGCUUCAUCUUUCUGCUCUUGUUUUUUAUCAUCCAUUCAUUUAAACGAACAAUACUACAACACUUUUUUUUAUUACAUCAUGGGCUCCAUCUUUUCUCGUAUUCUUGGACGACUCUGGGGGGAUAAAGAGGUCAGGAUCUUGAUUCUCGGUUUGGAUGGCGCGGGAAAGACCACGAUAUUGUACAGACUACAGGUUGGUGAAGUCGUAACAACUAUCCCAACUAUUGGAUUCAAUGUGGAGACGGUACAAUAUAAGAACAUCAAGUUUCAGGUCUGGGAUCUGGGAGGACAGACAUCUAUUCGGCCGUAUUGGAGAUGUUAUUAUGCCAACACGGAUGCAGUCAUCUAUGUGGUCGACUCGGUAGAUCGUGAUCGUGUAUCGACAGCCAAAGAAGAGCUGAUGGCUAUGUUAGAAGAGGAGGAGCUUAAGGAUGCAGCCUUGCUUGUGUUUGCGAACAAGCAGGAUAUGGCUGGAGCCAUGACUGCAGCAGAAGUUUCGGAUGCACUUGGUUUGAGCACGUUAAUGAACAGACAAUGGAGUAUUUACAAGACAAGUGCUGUCAAGGGAGAAGGACUCACAGAAGGAUUGGAUUGGCUUAUCAACAUUAUGCAAAAAUAA